AUUCACUUGCCAUAUAUUCCCGUCGUGCACCACGUGACUUCCUUUCCGGUCUAGCCUGACAACAUGGACGCCAGCCGCGUGCAGCCGAUCAAGCUCGCAAGAGUCACCAGGGUGCUCGGAAGAACCGGCUCCCAGGGACAGUGCACACAGGUCCGUGUUGAAUUCAUGGACGACAGCAACCGGUCCAUCAUCAGAAACGUGAAGGGCCCAGUAAGAGAGGGAGAUGUGCUGACACUUCUGGAGUCUGAAAGAGAAGCCAGGAGGCUGCGAUAGGUCCCACUGACGCUAUGAGGUCAAAAUCCAACUUGGCGGAGAAGACGGCAUCAGAUUCAAUGGGAAUGUCCUAAAAGUUGCUUGUUCAAAUGUUUUGAAAUAAAUUUGGAAAUUAA